UAGUUUCUUGUAUUCAGGAUUCAAUUUGUAUUUUUGCAUAUAUAUAUACACAAGCUCACUCGCUCUCUCUUUCUCCAAUCUCUCACUCCUCCUCGUACAAGAAAUCAAUUCUCGAUAAAUUUAUUGCACUGUUUUUUUUUUCAUCGGAAAACAUGUCGUCGAGUAUACUUGUCACCGGCGGCGCUGGUUACAUCGGGACCCACACCGUGCUGCAGUUGCUCCUCGGCGGAUACAAGGCGGUGAUCGUUGAUAAUUUGGACAACUCUUCCGAAAUCGCCGUCAAGAGGGUUCAGGAACUCGCCGGCAAACACGGCUCCAACCUCUCAUUUCACAAGAUCGAUCUUCGUGAUAAGCCCGCACUCGAGAAGCUUUUCGCUUCCGAAAAGUUUGAAGCUGUUAUCCAUUUUGCUGGACUAAAAGCAGUCGGAGAAAGCGUGCAGAAGCCGUUGUUGUAUUACGAUAAUAACCUUAUCGGUACGAUUGUGCUGCUCGAAGUCAUGGCUGCCCAUGGAUGUAAACAACUCGUGUUUUCGUCGUCAGCUACCGUGUACGGUUGGCCUAAAGUUGUUCCGUGCACCGAGGAGUCUCCAAUCAGUGCUACGAAUCCUUACGGACGAACGAAGCUUUUCAUCGAGGAGAUAUGCCGCGACAUAUACCAGUCAGACUCGAGGUGGAAAAUCAUUUUGCUUAGGUACUUCAACCCAGUCGGGGCCCACCCGAGUGGCUACAUCGGUGAAGAUCCACGUGGCAUCCCGAACAAUCUUAUGCCCUUUGUUCAACAAGUUGCUGUUCAAAGGCGACCUGCGCUUACUGUUUUCGGGACUGAUUACGGAACUAAGGAUGGAACUGGGGUGCGUGAUUAUAUCCAUGUUGUGGAUUUAGCAGAUGGUCAUAUCGCUGCUUUGAACAAGCUCUCUGAUCCUUCUGUAGGCUGUGAGGUGUACAAUCUCGGGACAGGGAAAGGUACUUCCGUUUUGGAAAUGGUAGCAGCUUUCGAGAAAGCAUCUGGGAAGAAAAUUCCAUUGGUGACGGCUGCUCGUCGACCUGGUGAUGCUGAGAUCGUGUAUGCUGAAACCGACAAAGCUGAAAAGGAGUUGAAAUGGAAGGCGAAAUACGGGGUCGACGAGAUGUGCAGAGACCAGUGGAACUGGGCUAGCAAGAAUCCAUAUGGUUAUGAAUCUAGCAGUUGAUUAAUUUUGUGGAGAAGAAGAGUUUAUUAUUAUUAUUAUUAUUAUUAAGGCAGAUAUUGCCAAUGGUAUUCUGUAUUUUUAUUAUGACAGUGGAAAUGUUUUUUUUUUUUUUUUUUUUUUUUUUUGAGGUUGUCUUAAAACUGAAAAGAGGAGUCAAUAAAUCCCAAGACAUUUAAAUUCUCAAUCAGUUAAUAAUAAAGAUUGUUUUGGCAUGGCUUA